AUGCCCCAAUUCUGGAUUGGCUGUGAUGAUGUUCAUGCAGAGCUAGCCAGCAUCUGUCUCACCUAUCUGACCUAUGAUGACUUUUCUGGAUGCGACGAGACGUCCGGUGAAGCUUUAUUGGAAAAUUUCCAGGAGUUCAAGUUUCUCUCAUACGCUGCACAAGCAUGGGGCUCUCAUGCGCACCUGGGCGACAUCAAUGAAACUCACGAUGCCGUCUUCGACCUGACCAUGAGGUUAUUUGAGUCCGGCAUCGAAGCCGGUGGUAAUUACGACACAUGGUACAGAAUAUAUUUCCAUCAACAGAAAGUGACGGGGCAGCGACUUAAGGCUUCCAACAAAGACCCUGUUUAUUUUGCGUCACUGUUUGGCUUGUCUCGAGCAGUCUCAGAGUUAUUGGACCAAAGCCCGGACACUUACAUUGAAGAGCCGAUGAAGGCGAGCGCGAGUGCUGGACACGAUGCAGUGCUUGAAGUUUUUCUCCGUCAAUCUAAAUCUGUCAGUACAAAUGUGCUGGAGCAAUGUCUUUAUCUCGCAGCCAGUCAGGGGCACGAUCGUGUGGUGCAGCUGCUGCUUGCACAUGGGACGGAUGUGAAUGCUCGCGCAGGGAGGCAUGGGACGCCACUUCAGGUCGCUUGUCUCGAUGGCCGGCAUCAAGCGGUCUCGACUCUGCUUGCCCACGGUGCCAAAAUCAGCGUAAAAUGCCAGAGGUAUGGCGUGCCUCUCGCCGCUGCCGCCGAGAAAGGACAUUUGCAAACGUUCCAAAUUCUCCUUGACCAUGGUGCCGAUGUGAACAGUCGUGGUGGCUGGUACGCCUAUCCUCUGGUGUCUGCGAUCGUUGGUCAGAACAUGCAGAUGGUUGACACUCUUAUUCAGCGUGGUGCCAAUGUCAACGCUUUGGGUGGCCGGCAUGGAAGCGCCUUGAUGACCGCAUCAUCAAUGGGGAUGCUAGACCUGAUUCGCUCGCUGGUCUCUCAUGGAGCACGGGUCAACGACGAAAAUGAUAAAGGCACUGACAGUUUGUAUGCGGCAUGCAUGGCGGGAAAGCUGGAUUCGGUCAAGCUUCUGUUGGAUCUGGGUGCUGAUGUCAAUGCACGAGGAGGAAAACAUCGAAACGCACUCAAUGCAGCGAGUGCAGGAAAUCAUAUCGAUAUCGUGCAGUACCUUUUGGAUGCUGGAGCAGACGUGGACUUUUUUGACGAGCACUAUGGAAACAGUGUUCAGACUGCUGCUUCUGCAGGACAUAACGACGUGAUCCGCGUUCUGGCAGAGGCAGGAGUGGAUGUCAACGCCCCUAGCAGCGAUCGGGGGACGGCACUCAUUGUAGCUGCACAAAGUGGCAAUACCGAAACGCUUGAGCUUCUCUUCGAAUUGGGGGUUUCUUCUGGAGAUACCGAUGAGAUGAGCAAUGCCAUUAUGGUGGCUGCGAACAGGGGACGCGUGGAUGCCAUCAAAGUCUUAGUAAGAAUGGGGGCGGCGUUGGACGACUUCAGCACACUUUCUACAUAUCCUUGUUGCACUCCUCUUGAAGCGGCCGCCGUGAAGGGGGAUAUGGAGACAGUAGACCUCUUGCUUGAUCUAGGCGCGGAUGUGAAUUCCGUAAACGAGGAAAAGUAUGGGACUGCCCUUAUCGCCGCCUGUCUUGGAGAAGAAUCUGACAUUGCCGUGGCGGUGCGACUGCUCGACGCCGGAGCCGACGUCAAUGCCACUGCAGAUACGGAUUUAAUAUGCUGUGCGCUUGUUGGUGCCUUGUCUCGUGAGAACUAUGAACUUUGCGUCACUCUCCUGGACCGUGGUGCUGACGUGAAUUUGGCAUAUACGUGCUACUACACGCCACUGAUGAUGGCUGUGAAAUCUGCGGAUGAAAAGUUCCUGAACCUGCUGAUUGAUCAUGGCGCGGAUGUCAACCUUGUAAUCGAGCCCCCCGACGCCGAUGCUACUUGCAACGAAGACGGAUGUGUGACGCCGCUUCAAGCAGCGGUAUACUUCGGAUCCGAUGGGACAGUUCGAAAGUUGAUCGAGAAUGGAGCUCAACUUUCUGUGGACCUGGAAGAUGUACGGUUCUCCACGGCGCUACAAGUGGCCUGCCAUCGAGGUGAUGUGGAAAAGGUUCACUUGUUGAUUGAUUCAGGGAGCGAUGUUGAUCAAGUCGGUGGUGUUUACGGCACGGCCCUCCAAACUGCUGCAUAUAUGGGGCACCUUGAAGCAGCGCGAGCGAUGAUCGACGCCGGUGCUGAUAUUAAUGCAUGUGGUGGCGGCGAUAGCACUGCCCUAAUGGAUGCGACUGAGCAGAGCAGGCAGGAUGUCGUGCAGCUACUAUUGGAACGGGGAGCAGAUGUCAACCUCUCUGUGGGGGAUAAACAUGCAUAUGCUUAUCCGCUCACCGUAGCUGCUUGGAAUGGAGACGAAUCAAUCAUUCAAGUCUUACUUGAAGCAGGAGCCGAUGUAAACAACCGAGGAGGCAGCUGGGCCACUGCCCUCCAAGCCGCUGCUGCUGAGGGCUAUGAAGAAGCGUGCGUUCUACUGCUCGAGCAUGGGGCAGAUCCCAACAUUGUGGGCGGCAGAUACGGGACGGCCCUGCAGGCAGCGUAUUCACAUGGAUAUUAUAAUAUUAUCCGAGAUCUCUUCCGCCACGGCGCAUCAACCAGUCUGCAGGGUGGGCAAUACGGGACAGCUUUGGGUGCGGCCCUAGCGGGCUCCUGUCAAACGUUGGUUUCUGCUCUCCUCCGACAUCACCAUGCCGAUCCAAAUACUCCAAUCCGGAAGUGGGGGACUCCCCUCACCCAGGCUUGCUCAGAUUGGCGCGGAGAUGAUGUAUACGACAUCUUGCUUGAUGUGGGAGCAGAUGUCGAUGCCCGAGGGGGCGUGUAUGGGGCCCCUCUUAUCUGUGCAGCAGUCCAUGGAGAGGAAGAACGAGUCAUAGCGUUAUUGGAAGCUGGUGCCAAUGUCAACAUCGAAGGGAACCAGGACUAUCCGACUCCCGUUCACGGGGCGAUAAAAGCCGGAGAUCUUUCGAUUCUUCGACUCCUGGUCGAAAAGGGUGCUGAUCUCGGUGUCUCCAAUGGCGUACACGGCUCUCCUGUGGAAUAUGCUUCGAGGCAGGGCAAUUUCUCGAUUCUGCGGUAUUUACUCAAACAAGGCGCCGAUAUCAAACCUACCGGGAAAGGAAGAUACCACAACGCUCUACAGGCUGCUAGUGUGAGUGGUAAUAAAGCCAUUGUCAAGGCUUUGCUGCGGCAUGGCAUCGACAUUAACAUAAUUGGGGGCAAAUUCGGCACGGCAUUGACAGCAGCUGUGUUACGUGACAAUCUCGACCUUGCGGAAUAUCUCUUGAAGAAAGGUAUCAACCCAAACGCCCCGGGCGGCAUUUAUUCCGGUGCAUUACAAGCUGCAGCUGCCACAGGAUCUAUCCUCGGCACUCUCCUCUUGCUCCGAUAUGGUGCCGACGUCAACAAGACCGGCGGGAAAUUUUUUACGCCUUUGCAGGCAGCUGCUGGGAGUGAUAAUUAUGACCUGGUUCAACUUCUUCUUGACCGAGGCGCCGAGGUGAAUGAAUUUGGUGGUCAUUGCUAUUCUGCUCUUCAUGCAGCUGCAUUGGCGGGCUCAAACGAUAUCUGCGAGCUUCUCAUGAAGAAUGGAGCGCAGUGGAGCUUGCCUGAUUCCAAGUUCAACCAUCUCGCUUCGUGGGAGAUUGAAAAUGCGACUGAAGUUCUUCGGGAAUGUCGAAGGCGAGAAAAUCGCGGGUGGCCAGACGAUUCAGAGGAUGAGUGGUCAGAUGAAGAAGCUAGUGAUGAUGAUGAUGAAGAUGAAGAAGAGACAGAAGAGGAGGAUGAGGAAGACGAAGAAGAAGAAGAAGAAGAUGAUGAUGCUAUCCUGAAGCUGAACGUCGAAGCUAUUCCGCUCUUCGACCUACCUUACCAUCCCUCGAAGCCUUUCAUUGCGACAGACGACACCGACAGCUCGGACACGAAAGAUUCCAACGCGAGCAACGAUACGGAUGAAAUUGAUGAGGCAUCGGAGAGUAUGGAUGAGUCAUUGGAAUUCUCUCUGAAAAGAACCAACACGACUGGUUGGUCUUCAUUAGAAUGGGUGAAGAUUGAAUGUGGACCGGAUGGGGAUCUGGGUUGA